AUGUCUGAAACGAAGGAAUCGACUUCAGACACGACCGGUAGCGUCGAAAACCGCGCUACAGCGGUUUCAAACGAUGCUGAAAUAGCUACCAACGAGGGACCUAAUCUGGAAACUCCUAAUGAUGCUAAUGCGAGUGGCGAAGGUGAGAGGGCUGCAGAAACUAAUAAUUCUGAAGUAGAGAAUAAAUCAGAUGAAAUUGGCGCUGCCAAUGGCGUCAAAAGGCCCAGGGAGGCAGAACAAAAUGGUGACAAAAGUGGUGCCAUCAACAACAUUGAGAAAUCAGAUGCAAGCGAAAAAAAGGCUGACAAUGAAGAACAAAGCCGUGAAGACGACGGCGGAAUUAAGGACGCGGAUGAAAUCAGUAAUGUGGACGAAGAUGAAAAGGCCACUAAAGAAGAAGGAGAAGGAGACGACGAUGAAGAUGAAGACGAUGAUGACGAAGAGGAUGAAGAUGAUGAUGAGGCCGGUCCUAGAAAGAAACAGCGUCAAGAGCGGAAUCGAUUUUUGGAUAUUGAGGCUGAAGUAAGCGACGACGAUGAAGAGGAAGAAGACGAUGAGGAAUCUGAGCUGGUGCGUGAAGGUUUCAUCACCCGUGGUGACGAAGAAGAAGACGACGAUACGGCAGGACCUGAGAGAGGUGAUCGUCUUCACCGUCAACUUGAUCAGAAUCUCAGCAAAAAUUCCGAAGAAGACGCUCAAAAGCUUGCAAAGGAACUCAGAGAGCGUUACGGAAGAAGUAGUUCCAAGCAAUAUAGGGCAGCUGCCCAAGAUGGGUACGUUCCCCAAAGGUUUCUUCUACCCAGUGUUGAUACAGCAACAAUUUGGGGUGUUAGAUGUAGACCUGGUAGAGAAAAAGAUAUCGUCAGAAAGCUGCUCAAAAAGAAGUUUAACUUGGACAAGUCGAUGGGCAACAAGAAAUUGAAAAUCAUGUCUAUUUUUCAAAGGGACAAUUAUUCUGGAAGAAUUUAUAUUGAAGCUCCAAAGCAAUCUGUCAUCGAAAAAUUCACCACAGGUGUGUCCGACAUAUAUCCUUCUCAAAAGCUUUUGAUUCCGGUGCAGGAACUGCCCUUGCUUUUGAAACCGGACAAGUCUGAUGAUGUCAGACUUGAAGAAGGAAGUUAUGUGAGAGUAAAACGUGGUAUUUACAAGGGUGAUUUGGCUGUAAUUGAUCAAAUCAGCGAGAAUAACCUCGAGGUGCUGUUGAAAAUCGUUCCUCGUCUGGAUUACGGUAAGAACGACGAAGUUGAUGCAGACACCAACACCAGAAAGCAGAAGAGGCCUACAUUUGCUCAGAGACCACCUCCACAAUUAUUCAACCCUACUAUGGCUUUGAGAAUGGACCAAGCGAAUCUUUAUAAGAGGGAUGACAGACAUUUCACCUACAGAAAUGAUGAUUAUGUUGACGGUUACCUAUUCAAAUCAUUUAGGAUACAGUAUCUCGAAACGAAAAACAUCCAACCAUCUGUUGAAGAGCUCGCUAGAUUUGGUAGCAAAGAAGGUGAUCUCGACCUGACAACCAUAUCCCAAACUAUCAGAAAAGCACAAGCUGCUAGAGUUACCUUCCAGGUUGGCGACAGAGUGGAAAUAUUGAGCGGUGAGCAGAAGGGGUCGAAGGGAUUUGUAACGAGAACCUCUGCAGACAUUAUUGCAGUGAAUCUUCCUCAGUUGCGCAUAAAAGCUUUAGAAUUUCCUAUUUCCUCCCUUCGGAAAAUUUUUGAAGCCGGUGACCAUGUUACAGUAGUGGGCGGUGACCACCAAGGAGAUGCCGGUUUAGUUCUUGCCGUCAAGAACGGACAAGUGACUUUUGUUUCAGAUCAGACAAGAGCCAACUUGACGAUUUCAGCAAACAACCUCAGCAAGUCUAUGGACUCCACACCAACGUCUAGCGAAUAUGCUCUUCACGAUAUUGUUGAGUUAAGUGCAAAGAAUGUUGCAUGUGUAAUCCAAGCAGGGCACGAUAUUUUCAAAAUAUUGGACGAUGGCGGGAAAGUGGCUACUAUAACCAAAGGCUCAAUUUUACAAAAGAUAAAUACUCAACGUUCAAGACUAACUGCUGUUGAUAACAAGGGAAGUGAAAUUAAGAUUGGCGAUACUGUGGUGGAAAAGGUGGGUGCCCGUAGAGAAGGUCAAGUGCUUUAUAUCCAAACGCAGCAGAUUUUCAUUGUUUCGAAAAAGAUCACCGAAAAUGCUGGUGUUUUCUUGGUUAACCCUAUGAAUGUCGAAGCUAUCGCUUCUAAGGACAACGUGAUAGCAGGCGUUGGCUCGAUUGAUCUCAGCAAAAUGAACCCAGAUAUUGCUUCCAAAAUGCGCCCUCCUCAACAAUCUCUCCAACAAACACGCGUCGGCCGGGAUGUGGCACUCGGUAAAACGGUAAGAGUACGCUCCGCGGGUUACAAGGGACAGUUAGGUAUUGUCAAGGAUGUCAAUGGUGAGAAAGCAACGAUCGAACUUCAUUCCAAGAGUAAGCACAUCACUGUUGACAAGCGGAAAUUGAUGUAUUACAACAAAGAGGGUGGUGAAGGUAUCACCUACGAUGAUCUUGUUAAUAGACGCGGCAGGACGCCUAACGCUAGAAUAGGACCAAGUUAUGUUAGUGCUCCAAGGAACAUGACCACCGGCGGCAUGCCCAUUGGUGCUGGAGGGCCAGGUUCAGCUGCCCUUGCUGGCGGUAUGACUCCAGGAUGGAACUCCUUUGAAGGUGGGAAAACACCCGCCGUGAACUCUGGGGGAUCUGGUGGCGCUUCUGCCUGGGGCGGCGCUUCUACCUGGGGUGGACAAGGCGGCUCUUCGACCUGGGGUGGCCAGGGCAGUCAAGGCGGCCAAGGCGGUGGCGCUUCUGCUUGGGGUGGUAACGGAGCAACCUCGACGUGGGGAGGAGCCUCUGCUUGGGGCAAUAAGUCUAGUUGGGGCGGUGCUUCGACUUGGGCAUCUGGAGGUGAAAAUGGCGCGCAGUCUACUUGGGGAGGAGACAAAUCUAGCUAUGGCGGUGGCUCCGUAUGGGGUAACCGUGACGGUGGGACUUCUACGUGGGGCGGUGGCACCAGCCGAGAAGCCAAUCGGGAUGGUGGUAACUCAACCUGGGGCAAUGAGGCCAAUGGAAACAAGUCCGCUUGGGGCGACCAAGGUAAUCGAUCGUCUUAUGGCGGUGGCAGUACAUGGGGAAGUCGUUAG